GUCAGGGUAAAUCUGCCACCGAAACAAGACGUGGGUGCGUGCCGUUAUGCUAUAUACAAUGUCGCGUACGCGAACGGUCGUCGUGGCGAUUUGUUAAAAUAACGCACGGCAAAGCCCGCACGCUCCGCGACCGGAUCGGCAUGGAAGUACGCGGCGAGUGGAGUACGUUGAUCGUCGAGGCGUAAUCGGCGCCGCGCAAAGAGAAAAGAGAGCGAGGGAGAAAAGAACGGGCGAGAGGAAGGGAGACGCGAGAGAAACUUCCGGAGAUGAAUUGUCGAGCGUCAUCGUAUCGCAAAAGAGAGCGGCUAGCGCGCGCGAAUGCGUCCGCGAAGCGGUGAACGGAGAGGACCACCCUGCGCGACCGGAUCGCUGGCCGCGCCGAUCACGAGCGAUCUCGCGAGAAAACCGGAACGAGGGCAAAGAAGAGCAGAGAGUGCGUCCGGAAGUUAGUUUGAACUGACUGCCGAGUCGCGCGAUCGACCGAUCGAUCAUUCGCGGCCGCUCCAAUUCAUCGUUGACGGAUUGCCGGAGCGUGCGAUCGUCCGGAUCGUGCAACUUUGCUGAUAGAUCGGCCGCGAUCCGAUGGGAUCGUGUCUCGAUAUGUGCCAGCGGAAUCGUCGAUUUCCGGGACUCGCUGCGGAAGCGCGGACCGCGCGCGUACGCGCGACGGAAGCCGGGACCGCCCUGUGAGGGCCACCGUCCGAUUCGCGGACGGGACACACACGGAAUAAGUAAGCUCGAGGAGCGGGACGUGGGUGGACCGAAGAACUUCUCGGGCGGACGGAGGGUUUAAACUACCCCGAGUUGAAUUCGCGCGGCGGUGCAGCGAGCCUUCGGCGGGGUGGAGAUCUUCCCCGUUGGAUUGCGCGAAGCGGAGGAUAGGUGGAAAGUUUCGCGGCGGCACGCGGCGCACCGCCCGUCUAAAGUUUCGCCCAUAAUCGUUCCGCGCGCGUUAUCGCCUACGUACGUGGCGACUGUAAGGGAUACCACCCUUACACCGUGGCGGAGGAUUGUCCGGCGCGCUUGUGCACGCACGCGGCGAUUUUACGUCGCUCCGCACUCUACGGGCAACCUUGAUGGACCGCGAUCGUCACGGCGAUUCUUCGACUUUGUCCAAGUGAAGGCGAAGUGACGACCGGAUCUCGAACAUCGAGAUAAUCGACGGGCGAGUUCCGUUUCGACGCGAACGCGACGGUUUCUCCACAGAUUUGUGUGUUAUCGGCGUAACGGCCGGACGAGUGAUAAGACCAUCAUCCUGGUGCGCGCUAUGUCAGUGAGUGGUCAGUGAGUGAUUGGCAACGAUCGCGCGUGGAGCAUGUGAAUCGUUUGAAUACAUCGCAGUGCAACCAUCUGCCGAAAAAAACAGUCGCGGAAAUGGCUCUGAGAUGGCAAGCGAGGCUCUCGAUUGCUGCCAUACUCUUCAUGUGCACGGAAGACACGCUGAGUCUAGGAGAUCGAACGAUAGAUAACAUGGACAGACACACGAUUCAGACCAGACCUCGACAACAGUUGCUGGAUCACUCUUCCGGCCAGAAGUCGAAACCGGAACCUACCUUCGACUUCACGCAGAACACCAACGUAACCGCCCUGAUCGGGAAAACUGCAUACCUCACAUGCCGAGUUCGCAAUCUGGGCGACAAAACUGUAUCCUGGGUGAGGCACAGGGACAUCCAUAUCCUGACGGCGGGGGCGUACACGUACACGAGCGAUCAGCGGUUCCAAGCGCUGCAUAAGCAAAACACGGGCCACAAUAACGAGUGGUCCGAGUGGACUCUCUGCAUAAAGUGGGCGCAGGAGCGAGAUCAGGGAAUCUACGAAUGUCAGAUCUCCACCAUACCUGUGAAAUCGCACCAAUUCCGCCUGAACGUCGUCGUACCUACGGCGACGAUACUGGGCGGGCCCGAGCUGUACGUCGGUGCAGGCAGCACGAUAAACCUGACGUGCGCCAUACACUUCAGCUCGGAGCCACCAGCCUACAUCUUCUGGUACUACAAUAAGAACGUCCUGAGCUACGACAGUCCCAGGGGCGGCGUCUCGGUGAUAACCGAGAAGGGUGGCGACGUCACUACCUCCUGGCUCCUUAUUCAGACUGCGCAGCCCUCAGACUCCGGGGAGUACAGCUGCAAACCCAGCAACGCCAAUACGGCGUCCAUCAGGGUUCAUGUUCUAAAUGGCGAGCGACCGGAAGCGAUGCAGACCGGAACCGCGGGGCCGAUACUGUCCUCGAGUUGUCUAUUGGUGUCCCUCAUCAUUUUGUACAUAUCCUCGGUGUAAACGGAAACGGAAACACAGCGCCCACGGCCAGAGUCCACAUCCGUCGCGGUACGUUUUCUCCCGCGUCCGUAACGCGUUUUCACGUUUUCCUUCCGACAGACGUGACCGCGAGACAACUGCAAUCCGCACAGGAGACACAAACACGGACCCCGAAGAAUCGCUCGAGCGGAGGACACUCAGUCGGCGCGUCGCCAAUAAUUCACGAUGUUUUCACGUGAGAGAGAAAAACUGCCAAUUUACAGAUGCGAAGCGGAGAACGGAAAAUAACAAAAAUCAAACUGCCAAUUAAAAGAAAACUGGCGAUGCUCUGUGAGAGCAACGGCUUUCGACUAAUUAAUUAUUACUCCUCGCAGGGGCAUCGUGAAUUAUGUUUAAUUCAGGCGACGCGUCAGGCGUCGCGAAGGGCGAGGCGGGUAGGAAUGCACCAGGCGUCCAAAAGUGUCCACCCUUUUCUUCGCGCUGGGAUCGACGGUGCCGAUUCGUCGCAGAUCGCAGAAUCGUUCCAGCCGGUUUCUUCUCGUAAAGAAAAAAAAUGCAUCCUUCUGGAGCGCGAUUAAUUAUCGAUCUCGCGCGGAGUACUCGUACACUGUGUGCGUGCACUCUCGUCGCGUGCAUUAGCCAUGAGAGAUUUCGCGCGAACGUGAACGCGCUCCCGAAUGGUGUAGCGGAGGGGUGUCUUUCUCGGUGGAAAAGCAUUUAGUUAAGCAAGCGUCGAUGCCAAUGCCGGAAGCGCGGGCGCUUUGCGGUGAAUCCGGUGCGUGCUGAGGAUCCGCUUCCUCAUCCUCCAACCCCCGAAGCGAGCGCGCGGGGCAGAAAAGAGCCGGCGAUCGAGGUCGGGAAUCCUCCCCUCCCCUCCGCCGCUCCUCCCCGAUAAUCCAGGUAAUCCGCAUCGAGAGAAACCGAUUUACGAGAAGCGUAAAGGCGAGGAGCGAUUGCCGUACGGUACGUUUUACGAGCGGUCGAAUCUUGGGAAUGCAAGCUACGUGGAUGGGAUUCAAUGGAAAAUAAAACGUGACUCGAGUGCCCGAUCCGGCAAUUUUCCGUAUUUCAUAAAAAUCGCCGCGCGAUAAUCGGCUGUACCGCGCUGCCAUAUACAUAUAUAUUAUAUGAUACGCCAGUUUUAGUCCCGGCGACACUCCUCUCGCGAUAAAUUUUCUCGCGACUUGCCGAGUCGGUCCACGGGUACAUCGUUCGCGCCGCCGAUUAGUUUUACUACGUUCAAAAAAUUCCGUAAAUUUUGGUAUGUUCUCGUCCCGUUUCCGUUUCAGCAGUAUAAACUUUAUAACCGUCUCAACAAGAACGGUCCGUAUUAUUUAUGCGAUUUUACGAUUUCAUUCUCCUCCGUCGUGAUAAAUCUUAUGGCGCUUUCGAAAAAACUUGUAUUUGAUUUUACCCCGAGUCGAUUUGAAUAAGACUCCGUGAAUUUUAUGUGCGAACGAACGAGUGCCGUCGGGUGGAUCGCGUAUUUGAGACGGAUAUUAAAGCGAAUAUUGAUUCGCGUAUCGCGAAAUGCACGCGUCUAAAUUUCGUGCUCGCUCAACUCGUAAUUGUAUUUGCGACAUAGAGAAUCAAUAAUCGAACGCAAUUGGCAUAAACUCAGCUAAAGUACUCCACUGUCACGCACUUUGUAAUUGCGCCCUAAUUUUCUACAAUCGCCGUUUAAACGUUAAAUUAAUUAACGUAACAAUAUAAUAUAAAGAUAAAUUGUCGGGACACGUUUGACACAGUGGACACAGUGGAGUUCAGUAUCAGAAUAAAAUUAAUCGUCGUUAACAAUUGAGAUUACGAGUAUGCAGAGACCAUGGAGCACAAAGAGUAAUCUUCCUCCCUCUUUCUCUCUCUCACUUUCAACCUCAAGGAAAAAUAACAAAUGAAAAUGACAAAAAAUUACCAACUAGAAUGAAUUUUUCUCGCGAUUCUAUACGAGAGCUUCGCGUGUUUUUAUUAAUAAAUGUUUUCACAUGGAACUCACAGCGUAAUGCAACGUCGCGGGAUUAUUAAAAAUCAAUUGUUUCAACGCGGCGCACGAGAAAUAAUUAGACGCGAUUAUUGGCGCGAUAGGACGCGUGUUCAGGAGGCAAUUAGCGCGAGGAUAGAUGGCAAUAAACGCGGCAUACGCGCGUAAAAGUUAAUCGUAUGAUUGCAAAUAAACGCGAAUGAAACGGUUGAAUAAUUGAACCGAACAGGGGUUGCUCGCCCGGUGCGCGACGAUUUAAUACAAUAAUCGACCGCGAUUAUAUCGCGGGCCACGCAUAAAUAAGCGUUCUCUCAAUGGAAACGAAGUGGCAGGGCGCACUUUGAAUUUCGACCCCGCGAAUCGAGACCAUCGGUUAGCCCGAAAAAGUCACGCGAUUAUUUAUUAAUACUCUCGCAUUUUGCAGCCAAUUGUCACGUACAGCCAAUAAUUGUCUUGUCUCUUUAUAUUUCUUUGUAUUCAGGUAUAAACAAAUAUAGAAGAGGCUGAAUUGUUCACUAAAAGAGAAUAAUGAAUAACCAUAAUAGCGAACAAUAUUGUUGAUAUUAAAUAUCGAUUGCAUAAUUUUCACUAAUUUGCUAUUUUUGUGAUGACUAUUUUGUGAUAAUUAUGAAACAACCUUCAAUGAUCGAAAAAAUUGCAAGAGAGAAAGAGAGAUAAAGAGAAAUAGAGGAACGCGCCUUUUUACACUUUACUUUUAAUUACAUGCUACACUUAAAGCACGCUGAGUUGCCCUAAUUAGACCCACGGAGAGAACAAGAGAGAGAGAGGAAGGCAGAGAAUUGUGCAGAGAUUCUGAUAUCAAUGCUGGAUCGGUGCAGCCGUACUCAGCGUAGUUCCCGUGAGUGCAUUAUUUCCUCGCCAGGAGACCAGAAGUAAUUGAUCAAACGCCGAGCACGCCCCGUCAUCGUUUGUCCCGGAGUCAUCAACCUAACGAUCGCGUCGCUAGACAAACGGAAGGACCGAGAUAGCGUCGUGGGACGGGAGACGGAUACGGGCACGGAGAUGGGACAGAGUGCCGCUGCUGCUAUUGCUGGAAAGCCCGAGCAGAUUGAAAGACGAACUCCGCGCGCGGCGCGCACAGAGAGUUCGCGCGUAGAUGCGAGCGCGUUGACGCGCUCGGCUGCACCCGCCACAGCAACCUUUAAGCUCUUCGACCCGUGAUAACGCGCCGCGUGUCUCGGACACGUACGGCUACUCCCUUUCUUCGCGAAGGCAGCCCGCCACGUCUACGUACGAAUUAAGUCGACACCCCGUCUUGGGUAUCAUCGUAAUCAGCGAUGCGCGAUGAGCAGUGCUUCGGACUGACGUGCGCGUUUCGCGUUUGAGGUGGCUGUCCCGCGGCAUCAGCAUCGACGUUAUUAUUAUUACCACACGCAACCGCGAAUUUGUACAUAAUGUCUGUAUUAUAAACUACGCGCGGCAUCAUCCCACACGCCCCGCGUGAAGCUCUGUCCGCGUGAAAAAAGAGGGCCGAACUCUCUCUCCUCGCUCUCGGAGGCGUCCGAGAUAAUCCGCGAGUUCCGGUUAGGAGGAAUCAUGAUUCGAGCGAUGAGAGAGAGAGAGAGAGAGACGAUUUUCACUUUCUAUUUGUGUGUGUUUCGAUGUGACAUCCUGCCAGAUAGCACUGACGUACGACCAUCGGCUCGUUUUACUGGAAAAAGCUUUGCCUCGUUGCUGAUUCCUGCAUACGAUCUGAUUUUUUCCGAUUAUUGUACAUGUAUAUAUAUAUAUAUAUUGUAUUUUGUAUUUUAUAUUAUCUGUAACAUAAUUAUUUAUUAGCUUAAAAGCUAAUAAUUACGAUCGAAUGUAUUAGAAUUAUUGCAUUCUUUGUUGAUCUUGCAAGGAUGCAGCAGAUUGGACUUUUCCACAUUAUUUUAGAGAUAAAUGUAUUUUUUUAAUUCAUUACUAUUGUGAUAAAUUUCUGAUAUUGUUUCUAUAUUUGGGAUGUAUGAUUGUGUUGGCUAUCAAUGGACAAACAUUAGGAAGCUUUUACAGCAAGAAAUGUAUAAAUAUUCUCUUGCCACACAUAAUCAGUUUGCUUCAAAAUUUUUCGUUCGAAAAAUCCAAAUGAAACCACUUGCCACAUCCGGUAAACAUCCAGAGCAUCAGAGGAUGGUCGUUUGUCAGAAGCGAUCUAAGUAAUGCGACGAGUCGAGAGAGCGAUGAGGAAAGACUGAGAAGCAGUCCCUGUGGUUUCAAGAAGACAACGCCUUAAGGGAAGCAUUUGCAUUUCUACCUCCAUCUGCUUAUUAUAAUUUUAUAUAACUAGAUAUCUCCCUCUUACUGUUAAAAUGUUUUACUUUAUUUCUUGCACAGAAAAAGUAAAUUGUGGCGGUAUCGUGAAACCACAUCAACUUUUGCAAUCUAAUCAUGAUAUUCAACACGUUUCGUACCGCCACAUUGCACGAUCUGCAUUGUUUAGUGAUUAUGCCUGAUAAUUGUGUAUUAAUCCAUGAUAUCGUGAAAUUUUUCAUAAGAUAAUGGAUACGUUUGUGUCCACGAUCGUUGUGGUAAAAUUUAUUAAUAUAAUGUCAACGCAAUUCCUCUUGCCGCAGUGUCUUGCAAAAUCAUCUGCCAUACUUGUGAAAUUCUUAUUUUUCGUCUUACAUGUUUCGCGUCGAAGACAAAGGAGAGAAAGCGGAUACGCGACGGAAGGAAAAAGAACUCGUAAAGAAAUUUCGUAGCGGAAUCCGAUGGCCUCUUGUCGCGCGCGCGUUGCUGCGGAAAGAACACAUAAUUCCAAAAGCGCAGGCAAAGAAGGCGGUAUUUCGAAAGUUCUCUCUAGAUAGUUGAAAGCGGAGGUGCGGGAAGGCUAGAGAUAGCGAGAACUCGCCAGCUAGGGUCGUCACACUCACAAGUGCGGCACGGCGGUCGGGGGAUGUACAGCCCUCGAAGACAAUGAGGAGCCGGAAGAAAAAUAAUUGCGUGGGCGGGUACGGGCGCGCCGAGGUUCGAGACAAAAGUUCGCGGGCAUUUUUCUUCCUUUUUCGGCGGAAACUGUGUGUAAGGGAUAGGAAGCGCCGUCGAGUCGCGAGACCGGGUCCGCAAUGCGUGCCGGCAUCGAUUUUCUCGUUACCGGGCGGAUGUUUGGGAGGUGUAUCGCCUCCGAUGGUCCUGGUUAUUCCGAUUAAAUACAGGAUGCGUUCAGGAAUGAACAUUACUAACGGAAAGCCUUCCGCUGAUUCUGCAGUCGAGCUCGUUUCCGUGCGAGAUAUCAGAAUAUGCAAAAUCUGCCUGCGAGUUAUACAAAAACAUCGCCACGGAUAUCGGGACGCGACGGUAAGUCGAGAUACCUCGCUCGUUAUUUAAUCUGACGCUUCUACGGUAAUUGGCGUUCUAUGAUUAACGACGAAUCGAUAGCGAGAGCGAGUAAUUCAAAAAAUGAAACAAACGCGUACUACUCUUCCGAUUUCGAAUUGCGUUUGUACGAAUGGAACGAAGCAUCUCCGGAUGUAUACAGGAUCCAUUCGAUAGUGCACUAUUCAAUUUUAUUUGAUAUGUUAAUCUUGCUUCCGUUUCAUUCCAUGAAUUUUGAGUUAAUGUAACAGGGUGUAGUAUUUGCGACGUAUAGAAUCGUCGGUCUCUUUAAUUAAUCUUUAAUUGUACGCGCUAAAUUUAACGCUUAAUUGAUAUUCUUCUCGAAUAGUUUCAGUUGCGGUGCUGAUAAAUCGACUUCUUACCGGUAAUAACUUCAAAUCGGACAAAUCGGUUACUUCGAUGCAUCGAUUAGUCGAGCCGAGGCUGAAAUUCAGGGCAAAUCCAAAAUCAAACGCAAUUCCGCGCAAACCAUUACCGGCAUUCAUCAUCUUCCAAAUGCAACGCGGGUGCAAUUAUUGUCCAAUCCGGGCGAAACCACCGGCGACUGCAACUCUUGCGCCGAACUCUGGAUCGCCCCUCCUCCCCCGCGGAAUAUUACUUCCUAAUAAUACGAAUUAUCGGAUGAAACGCCCGUUUCAUUACGCGACGUGUAUACACGCGAACGAAAUCCCGCCAGCCGCGAGUAUCGUGACGGAAUAUCGUACCAGGCAUCGCGUGGCUUCGCGCUGAUCUAUAUGCGGAAACGGAAGGAACUUGAGCGUCACGCGUCGCCAACUGUCAAGGAACACGAUGUGGAAUAAUCCUUGGCAAUACUGUAGCAUUAUACUUUGGCAUUUCUCUUGCGAUGCGAAGAUUCCUUAGAAUCACUCGAUCAUGUCGUUUCAGAUUCUGCAUAAUUAAUAAUCCUGUAUAAAAAGAUUCUAUAUAUCAAAAACAUAUUCUUCCUUGUCAGAGAAACGUCCAAAUGACUUACCGCUUGCCUCAUUUUUCUCACUUUUAAUAUCUGAUAUCUUUCCAAGGAGGGAAAAUUGUGCUGUGAAAUUCUGAUCGAGAUUCUACCUUAAGUGAAAUCAGCUUUUAAAAUUAAGUGAAGAAUAAUAUAAUCUCGUCGCGUCCGUUUUCUUUUGUACGGCUCAAGAAAUCGCCGGAAGAAAUUUGUUCUAAUCUUUCGUCAAAUACUCGAGGUGCCUCGAGAUAUUCACCGAGGAAAAAUCGGAUUGAAGUCAGUCAACGAGAGAGCAGAGCUCCGGGGCCGCACGGGGCGGCGCCGCCACCCCCUAUACGGUGCGUGAAACAAAAGGGGACACGUACCGAAUUCCCGGGUCCGUGGGCCGGAAAAUGAGGUAAACGCCGCACGUUGCCCGACCGUGUCCGAACUCGGCAAGAUGAAACGAAUUCGAAUUUUGUUCAUUCCGCGUGGCCAGCCGAGUCGAGAAUUGAAUUCCGGGCGCGAACGGAAUCCAAUACGAGGCCUCUCCGUGGUGGUUAUCCGUGAACCGUCUACCAUAUCCUCAUCUCGGUCUUCGAACUUCAUGGGGGAACUUUGGUCAACUCACGCGCGAUCGCUCUCCUGAUCGUCCGCGCUUUCAUUCUUCGCGCACUUCUCUCUCUCUCUCUUUCUCUCUCUUCUUUUGGUAUCGAUGCGCACAAAUCUUUUCUUUUCCCAUUCCUAAAGCGUUCUCGCAAACUCUGAAGCCGUGCCGGCUGAAUCGGAUUACUCGCUUUGACUUUCGCGUGGGAAAUCAUGAGGGAAAUCAUUUGUCGUACGAAUUCACGGAGCUACAGAGAAUGCGAUCACUCUUUAUGGGAAUGAAUCGAGAGCUAAAGGGAGGAAGGAAAGGAUAAGCGGGAAAGAGAGAAUUAUAGUGAUAAAACACAGAGAUCGCUUCACUGCAAACGUAAGAAUGUUAUUUCUACACACUUAAAGAGUGUUUUUGCAUGAUUACUCGAUUUAUAUGUGUCAUUUUCAGAUUACACAGGCAAAAUGCAUUACACGAGACAUUCAGGUUUGCGGUGCUCUCUCGAUUCGUCCGCAUUGCGAGCGCUAGUUUGCGCGCCGCGCGUUCUACUGCGAAAUUUCGCGAGCGAUAGCGGCAGAUGAUAGGCACCGAGAGAAACCUAAUCGUUGACUAGAUCAUGAAAUUAAUUGUUAUAUGGAAGUGCGUUCCGAUUGUGAUUGUGCGACGGACUGGAACUCGAGCCGUUAGACCCUCGAUUUUGCUAAGCGCAAGCGCAACUAAAAGAUAAAAAGAGACACGUGAAACACAGAGAAGAAAUCCGUAAUCGCAGUGAUAUCGUUAGACUAGAUAGGCAUAUUACUGUACAUACUAUGACAUUACGAUGUUUACUAAAUAAAAAUGUUGAAAGGAAGAGGAGUGGCCUGCUCUUUCGGGCGGAGGUUGUAGAGCCGCACUGUACAUAACGUAUGUCCUAAAAAAGAAUAAACGAUCCCUGAUGAGCCCAUCAA